GUCCCACACAAACUCACUAAUGACCACGCGCCCUUAUAAAACCUUAGUGGACGGGUUGGUGGUCACAAGUGCGUCAGACGUGACUUCAACCAUGGGUGCCAACGAUCACUGGAAAUGCAGAACUCUGUGCGUUUUAAUGGUGGUGUUUCUAAUGCGUACCGUUAGAGCCAAAGAUAUAAUCAAAUUCAAGGAACUUGAACCGAUGGAUUCUAAUGCAUUGAUUGUGGAGCUGACAGACGUCAAUGCUAAAGCAAAUGAGAAGGGUCUCCUUGAAACCAACGUCACCGCCGAACUGAAAAGAGAUCUUCCGGAAGAUGCCGUUGUGUGCGUGGAUGGCUACGAAAUGGGCGCAAACGGCUACGGUAAAAGCACGCUCAACCUGCCUUGCACAAACCUUUGCGAGCUGAUCAAGAACGACGACUGCAUUUACCCGAACGUACAAAAGGCGUCUGUGGGAACUUUACCUGAAAGUGGUUGUCCAAUUUCACAGGGCAUCAAGGAAAUUAAACAGCAUCUUUUGGAUAUUCCGUGCUUGCCAGAUAAAAUCCAACGUGUUUCUGAUGACUGGAAAUUUGACGUACAAGUAAAGAGCAAAGAUGAAUCAGAAGUAUAUUAUCACGUAGAAGUAAAGGUGGAUAUUGUUUCUUAAGAACAUUGUAAUGACAUACUUGUACAGUUUCCGAAUUACAAAUAAAAGUGAAUAAAAAUGAUCAUGUGAAACCG